AUGAACAACUUCAACAUGCCCGUCGUCGACCCCCUCACCGCGGCCGCCGGAACUACUCCGUUCGACUCCGUCACCCCGGUCGACCCAGUUGACUACGCCAAGAAGUUUCAUUCCGACGAGAUGUCCGAGAAGGCCAUUGGACUCGUCGUCAUGUUUGGCCUCUUUGGUGCGAUCGGUCUGAUCUAUGCCGGCCUCCAUUGGAGAAAGUUCUACAACUGUUGUCGCCGUCGUCAGUAG